GAGGGUGAAAGUUCACCAGCAUGGCUCUCACAUAUCAGAUGACAAUGUGUGAGAGUUGGACGCUAGAAGAGGCUUAAACACAGUCAAAAACAAAGCGACAGGAGAAGAAGGAACAUGACGACAGAGAAGGUGUCCGUACUGAGCGGGAAGGAGGAAGAGGAGGCGGAAGACGAAGACCCAGCUCUGGGAUAUUACGACGACGACGAAGACGACCUGGAGGCGUUUUCAGACGCAGAGUUAGGCUGUGAGGACGGAGUGCUGGGCUUCAGUGACUCUCUGAACGGAGAGGUCAAACCUCGGAUCCUGUUGAUGGGUCUGCGUAGGAGCGGCAAGUCCUCCAUCCAGAAGGUGGUUUUCCAUAAAAUGUCCCCCAAUGAGACCCUGUUUCUGGAGAGCACCAACAAGAUCUGCAGAGAGGACGUCUCCAGCAGCUCCUUCGUCAGCUUCCAGAUCUGGGACUUCCCGGGUCAGAUAGACUUCUUCGACCCCACCUUCGACUACGAAAUGAUCUUCAGAGGCACUGGAGCGCUGAUCUUUGUCAUCGACUCACAGGAUGACUAUGUGGAGGCUCUCAGUAGGCUGCAUCUCACAGUGACCAGGGCUUAUAAAGUCAAUCCAGAUAUCAACUUUGAGGUGUUCAUUCACAAAGUGGACGGCCUGUCAGAUGACCAUAAAAUCGAGAAGCAGAGAGACAUUCACAAACGUGCCAACGAUGACCUGGCAGAUGCAGGUCUGGAACAAAUACACCUGAGCUUCUAUUUAACCAGUAUAUAUGAUCACUCCAUAUUCGAGGCUUUCAGUAAAGUGGUCCAGAAGCUCAUCCCACAGCUGCCCACGCUGGAGAACCUGCUCAACAUCUUCAUAUCUAACUCUGGUGUUGAGAAGGCCUUCCUGUUUGAUGUGGUCAGUAAGAUAUACAUCGCCACAGACAGCAGUCCAGUGGACAUGCAGACAUACGAACUGUGUUGUGACAUGAUCGAUGUGGUGAUCGACAUCUCCUGCAUCUAUGGUCUGGAUGAUAGUGAAGCUGGGUUGCCGUAUGAUAAGGAGUCUAUGGCCAUCAUCCACCUGAACAACACAACAGUCAUGUACCUGAAGGAAGUGACCAAGUUCCUGGCCAUGGUCUGCUUCCUGCGCAAGGAAAGCUUUGAGAGGAAAGGAUUGAUUGACUACAACUUUCAUUGCUUCAAGAAAGCCAUUCAGGAGGUUUUUGACGUCCGAGUGAAGGUUCAACAGAAUCGUAAACUCCUCAGUCAGAGGAGGUGGAGCAAACUGACUAUGACUAAUGGUGUGCUCAACAACCCCCACUGACAACUGGCAGCCAAAUGUACCUAAACUGCACCCUGACAGAUACAGGAGACUCCAUACUCACUGACAGGAACAUCGACCUUUUCA